CUCGCAGAUUCAUCCAUCGAUCCAUUUCAUCUGCGAUCUGCAGGUCUCUGUCGAAAGGAGCUUCGAUCGCCGGUGGCCGCCAUGGCGCAGGCGGAGCGCGAGCGGCUGAGCGUGCUCAUGUUCCCGUGGCUCGCGCACGGCCACGUCACCCCGUACCUCGAGCUCGCCAGGCGACUCGUCGCCACCUCCUUCCCCAACCUCGACGUCGUCGUCCACCUCGUCUCCACGCCGGCCAACCUCGCGCACAUCGCCACCCCAUCAUUACCAUCCAACCUCCACCUCGUCGAGAUCCGCCUCCCGGCCGAAGAACUCCCGGCGUCGCUGCACACCACGAAGCGCCUCCCGCCCCGCCUCAUGCCGGCGCUGAAGCACGCCUGCGACCUGGCCGCGCCGCGGUUCGGGGCGCUCAUCGACGAGCUCCGCCCGGACCUCGUCCUCUACGACUUCCUCCAGCCAUGGGCGCCGCUCGAGGCCGCCAGCCGCGGCGUCCCCGCGGCCCACUUCAGCACCUGCAGCGCCGCCGCCACCGCCUUCUUCCUCCACUGCCUCAGGACGGAUCAGUCGCCUAGCGCGUUCCCUUUCGACGCCAUCAGCCUUGGCGGCGCCGCCCAGGACGCCAGGUACACCGCACUGCUCGCCUCCGCCGGCCGUGGCAAGGACGACGACUCCCCGCCGCCGCUGGUGCCCGAGCGCGACCGCCUGCCGCUCAGCCUGGACCGGUCGACGGUGUUCGUGGCCGUCAAGACCUGCGCCGACAUCGAGCGCAAGUACAUGGACUACCUCUCCCAGCUCACCGGCAAGGAGAUCGUCCCCGUCGGCCCGCUGCUCGUCCACGACGACCCGAGGAACCCCGGCGGCGAAUCCUCGGAGGAGGACGCCAUCAUGGCGUGGCUCGACGGGGAGGAUCCGGGCUCCGUGGUGCUGGUCUCCUUCGGGAGCGAGUACUUCCUCUCGGAGCGCCAGAUGGCACAGAUGGCCCGCGGGCUCGAGCUCAGCGGCGCCCCUUUCCUCUGGGUCGUCCGCUUCCCCGACGACGACAACGACAGCAGCGGCGCGGCGAGGUCGCUACCGCGGGACUACGCGCCGGCGCGGGGGAAGGUGGUGCAGGGGUGGGCCCCGCAGCGGCUGGUCCUGGCCCACGGCGCCUGCGGCGCGUUCCUGACCCACUGCGGGUGGAGUUCGGUGCUGGAGGCCAUGGCGGUGGGGGUGCCAAUGGUGGCCCUGCCGCUGCACAUCGACCAGCCGCUCAACGCCAACCUGGCCCUCGAGCUCGGCGCCGCCGCGGCAAGGGUGGAGCAGCCGGAGCGGUUCGGGGAGUUCAGGGCGGAGGACGUGGCCCGGGCCGUGCGUGCCGCCGUGAACGGGGAGGAAGGGAAGGCGGCCAGGCGGCGCGCGGCGGAACUCAGGGAGGUCGUGGCGCGGAAUAACGACGGCGACGGUGCUCGGCGGCAGGUCGGCGUGCUGCUGGAGAAGAUGGCUAGGCUUUGUGGGAAAGGCCAGGGCCAGGCCGUGGCGAAUUAGUAGUGGGCUUUUUUAGCUCGGUUUGAGAAUAAUAAAGAGGUUGAGUGGGCCGUGUUUCUCUCUUGA